UAUAGACUCCAAUUAUGCUGUAUUAUAUAGACUUACCUACUGGCUUCAAGUGCUUUGUAUAUCUCAUACUAGACACCAACCAAUGUACCUCGAGAAUUAUAAUAAUGCCCGUUGAUGAUUCUGCACAUAUUGCACAAUUACGUCUAUUCAAGAGGAGGUAUUUAUGUUUUUAGAUAGGAACUUGUUAAGUAGAAGUGAAUUAACAGUUUUAGGUAUUUACGCCAGUCAGAAUGUUCAGAUCUGAUUAACUGCAACUAAUUGACUGGUGGUGGUCCGCUUGUUAUCAAAGAGUUUCCUGCAUCAAACCAAUCAAGCAUAAUAUCUGUAAUGCUUCCUUGAUGAUGGACCUGAAACAAACUAGCUAUUCAAUCAGCAAAAAACUGUUAUUUCUGACCCAGAUUUCUAUCUAUUGCGCUGCAUAUAUCCUUGGCAAAACAACAUUCAACACAAAGGACAGAUGGGAUUAACAUGGCUACCUUGUUUGUUUCCUAAAAGUUAAGGCCUCUAGAUGAACGCCAGGGGAGAAAAGCAUCUUCAUCUCUCAGUCAAUGUUACAUAUUGAAUUUCAGCUCUCUACUAAAUUUAUAUAGAAACACGGAAGCACCAACAACAGGAGCCGGAAAGGAAAAGGGUAGAGUGAUCAACAGAAAAUGGAGCAAAUCAAGCCAACAGUACCACAUGUGGUCAUCUUUCCCUACCCAGCACAGGGUCACAUGAAUUCCAUGCUCAAAUUAGCUGAGCUUCUCUGCCUAUCAGGCAUCCAUGUAACCUUCAUCAAUACUGAGUUCAAUCAAUCUCGUCUCCUCCGCUGCACAGAUGCCAAAUCUCGCUUUGGCUGUUUCCCGGGGUUCCGUUUCGAAACCAUCUCUGACGGUCUUCCUGAUGAUCACCCUCGCGAAGUUGGUUUCCUGAAGCUCAACGACAUGUUUGGUCCCCUCAAAACUGUUAUUGAACCUGCUUUCCGUGAAAUGCUUAUUUCGGGUCGCCUGAAAUCUGACGUCAGAGGUCAAGUUACUUGUAUUAUUGCUGAUGGAAUUUUAGGCUUCACCAUAGAUGUUGCUGAAGAAUUAAAGAUACCCUCCAUCUGUUUCCGCACUGUUAGUGCUUGCUGCGUGUGGAUUUAUUUCUGUUUGCCAAAACUUGUCGAAAAUAACGACUUCCCAUUCACAGAUGAAGAGCUUGAUCGGAUUGUAACAAGCGUGCCAGAAAUGGAAGGGUUUCUACGAUGUAGAGAUCUGCCGAGUUUCUGCAGAACUAAAGAACUCGAUGAUCCUGCUUUAGAGUUUGUCAAGACAGAAACUUUCAAUUCAACUAGAUCCACAGCUCAAAUACUCAACACAUUCGAUGACAUUGAAGCACCGAUUAUCUCGCAGCUGAGAUCUUACUGGCCAAAUCUUUAUACAAUUGGACCUCUCCAUGCUCUCUUGAAAACAGUGAGGGGAGAUUCUUCAUCUGCAAAAGUAUCUUCAAAUGGUUUAUGGAAGGAGGACAGAAGUUGCAUGUGUUGGCUCGAUCUGCAACCUUUGAAGUCCGUUGUGUACGUAAGUUUUGGUAGUCUAACGACGGUAAGUCGAGAACAGUGGUUGGAGUUUUGGUAUGGGCUAGUCAAUAGCGGACGGAGAUUUUUGUGGGUUAGACGACCAGACUCCUUUGUUCAACAAAAUGAAGAAGAUUGUCAGAUACCGGUCGAGCUGACAGAAGGUACUAGACAGAGAGGUUACAUGGUUGAAUGGGCACCGCAGGAGGAGGUACUGCUCCACCCGGCAGUAGGCGGAUUUCUAACACACAGUGGAUGGAAUUCAACACUGGAAAGUAUGGUUGCUGGAGUUCCAAUGAUAUGUUGGCCACAUUUUGCUGAUCAGCCGAUUAAUAGCAGGUAUGUAAGUGAGGUGUGGAAGAUUGGAAUGGACAUGAAAGAUACAUGUAGCAGAACAAUUGUGGAGAAGCUAGUUAGGGAUAUGAUGGAUGAUAGGAAAGAGGAAUUGAUGGCUACGACUGGUAAUGUGUCGGAGCAGGCGAGGAGGAGUAUUUCUGAAGGUGGAUCCUCUUAUCGCAACUUUGAAGCAUUACUGGAAUUCCUGAGAACAACCUUAAAUGUGGGUUCCUGAACCCAAAAACACUUGUGGCAAACAAAAAUUAGAGUUAAAAUGCAAUCCAAAAUGGCAUUUGUUUUUGGCACUCGUUUAGGACCCACCAUAUUUGUCCGUGUUUGUGUUUUUUUAUUUGUUAUUUUGGUAGUCUUACCCAUCGACUCGGGAUGGGAAUCAAUCCAACAAUAUAGGGAACGAUUGUACCGUGA